AUGUCGGAACCGACAACUCCUUAUUGGAAACAGUUAUGGCGUUGGACCACAUCACAAAGUCUUUCAAAAGAAGAACUGAAGAAAGUCCUAGAUAAAAAAGAAGUUGUAGAAUGUUUAAAGCAAGGCUUAGUUUGUUAUAAGUCGUUGAGAACAGAAAAAUUCUCACAACUACAGUCAAAAUAUAGUGAUCAAACAAGACUAUUAAACGUCGUCCAAACCUUGCAGAAUUACAUAGAUGUUGAUUGUUUCCAAAUAUGGGAUUUGAUAAAACACUACCUUUGUGAUGUUUCAUAUGGCACUGCAGCAAAUGCUUUAAAGAAUGUAGCUUUUGUUGAUACCCGACCAUCAUUUUUGUCACCAAAUGUUUGGAAUUUUUAUUACGCUGAAAGAUUGUUUCUUUUGAAACUAAUACAGUAUAUGAUUCAAUUUAAGUCAGAUGUUAAUCAUAAGUAUCAUGAAUUAUUUAGUAAGAUUAUCAAAGAAAUAGGAUUAAAUGAUUUAAAGACUUCACUUAUAAGUCAGUUUGAGAAACUUUUAUCAACACCACCCCCAUCAAGGAAAAUUCAAAAUGAUUUUAACAAUGACACUGUUAGGCAGGACUGGGCUAAAUCCAAUCUAAGAGAGCAAGUAGCAAUUCUACAGAAUUUAAUGAUGAUCGCAAGUGACUCUGGGAUCUCUGACACUGAAUUUAUAACUUUGUUCAAGUUGUUUAGAAAACAUGAUUUUGGUAAGAACCAAGGUUUUAAUGAUCUCUUGGAAGAAAGGCAUAAAGAGACAAGUCUUAGAGUUAUGUACAUGGAGAUUGGACUGUUCAUGGUUAUAUGUGAUAGUAAGAAAAUCCAAAAUUUAUCAUCAUGGAUAGAAACUACAAAAACUACUGUAGAGACUGAAUUUACCAAAUUGCAACCUUGUACUGAACAGAGCCCCAUGCUGAUGAUGUGGAUGAUGAUAACUUUACAGAGUGAACAACAUGUACGAUUGUUUGAGACUCAGUACCACCAUUAUGGAGCCACAGCUAUGAGAAUGAGAGUCUUUGAGUUUAUGCAACAAAUGAUUAGUAGCAAUGUUUUCAAUGAUGAUUCAACUUGUGCUGAAAUUAUCAGACACAGAGUAUUUAGACUAUUGAAUGAAAUUUGUGAUAAAUUUGAUGGUGACAGUACCAUCAGCUGUCAGCCUGGAGUCAUGCCAUUGUGUGCAGAUUUAAUCAAAUAUCCAACCAUAGCUAAAGAAUUCUGGAGAUUACAAAAUGAGAAUAACAUUGGUGUUGUAUCAUUAUGGAAUACAGCUUUAGAAUAUUUCCCGUUCAAUUUUAAGGCCUUAUCAGUAUUGUCCACAAGUUUGGCUGAAGCCGGGAAGGAAAGUGUUCGGAAUGUUUUAGGAGAAUUAAAAAAUUUACCAGUUUUCACCGAAUUAUACAAUCCACAAGCAGUAUUAAUAACCGCCCUACAAGCUGAGGACGCAAUUAUUGGGAGAGACUAUUGCCCACUCGGAGACCCCUCCUAUACAAUAGAAGCUGGCUCUAAAGCGACCAUUUUGGAACGGAAAGAGGGCACAAUGAUUCAUUUCCGCACACCAUAUUCUUAUUGGACCGUGUUCAAUAGCGAAAUUGAAAAGGCAUUAGAUCGGAAACAAAGGCAUCAUGAUAUCAAUGUCACCUUGGAAAGGGUGUAUGAAGGUACCAGGGUUCUGAAAGGUAUACUUAAAGCCUUGGUAAAUGAUAAGGAGAUUCCGAAAAGCCUAGUAGCACCAAGUGAAGGGGUUUUUGAUAUAUUAGUGAGGUUUAUGAGAGCUGAAAAUCCACCUUUGCCCCUCUUGGUUGAAUGUUUAGAUGUGUGCACUGUAUUGAUACCAUUGUUUUCGAAGGAAAUUUAUUCGAGAUUAAUAAAUACCGGUCUUCUACCCCGUGUGACGAAGCAGCAGCUAUCUCACGCGGAGUACGCUACUGGUGCUUCAUUGGAAUCUGGGGCCGUUGGGUCAUAUCUGGUAACUUUGGAGCAGCCUACUGGAACAUACCGGUUCCUUACAGCAUAUAUAGAUAUGCUAUGCGCUUUUCAUAAGGCGACAAUAGAAGAUCGUUUAGUAACAGAACUACUUCUACCAGGCCUGGUUCUGCUUCUACGAGAAGUAUUCCCCAAUGUGUAUGGUUGGAGAUACCGCACAGUUAUAGAAAGACGAUCCCUCAUACACAAGUGUGCGGAUUUCUUCACUCUGGUGUUGCAACAAAUGAAUUGUAGUCCCAGUGUUACCACGUUGAAAAAGACUUGUGUCUAUGGUCUGUUAUAUACGGAGAACGCUUUGGAGUUACUGAAGAUCGCGUCUAUUGGUAAUGAAACCCUGGAACGCCUAAUCCAUGACGAACCAAAUUGGAUUUCUGGUUCAGCGUUUCAGUACACGUUCACAUUACAGCGAUGUAUCGCUAUAAUUAUAUUCGCUUUACGAGAAAAGGAUCUAAUCGGCUGUACUGCAGUAAGCCCCCUGGAGCAACUCAUCUUCGCUCAGAACAAACAAGUGGAUAGUCUGAAGGUGGUUCCAAAUGUGACCGGGUACAUCAAUCACGCCUUUAACCGGGGCCUUGCAGUACUCUCAUGUCGAUUACUUAGGAAAUUCGCUGAUGGCUUCCAGAUGUCUCUCUUCGCUUUAUUAGACAUGACAGCGCAUCAGGUACGAGUCAUAUUUCUGGACAGAUUGCGGGAUGAGCAUGAAAGUGUGGAACUCAAAGUUGCAAUUUUAGCCUUUGUCACCACAUGUGUGGGGAAACAACCUGGGUUGACUGAAGCUUUCUUCAUGAUGAAUCACGAACGGGCAAAAGCAGACGAGAACGAGAAGGAGAAAGAAGUUAAAGAGAAUAGUGAAGAUGACAGAUUUGAAGGAAUUUUGGGGUAUAUGGCGGAUUAUUUGGGGACUGUUAAAUCUGACGCUAAAUUACUGCAAAGUCCGCUACUUGGAUGCAUAAUGGCGUUAUUCCAUGCACUCUGGAAGAAUAACAUGCAAAUCCUUGUCAAAAAGUUACAAGAACAUCCCAAUUUCUGGGAUCAUAUGACCAGCCCUUUAUUCAGCGAGAUCCAACCUGAUCUCCGCACUUAUAGUCAAAUUUUCAACGUCCUCGGAAUUGAAUUAUUCGUUUCCAGGGAGAAACUUGAACCAAAUUUCAAAGAAGUGCUCGAACGCUUCUUCGAUACGAACAAAAAUCAACUAGAUAACUGGAUAGAUCAUAUAUUUUCCUUCAAAGGUCGAUCCCUUGAAGAGGUUACUGAUAAGGUGCCGAUCUGGUUAAGCUUGCUCACAUCGUGGAAAGAUUUCACAACAAUUUUCUGCAAAUGUCUUCCGUUCAGUUUGAACAUCGCGCACAAAGCCAAAAUGGUUGCGCCUUGUAUGAAUGCUCUUUUGCACGAACUGGAAGACUUCAAAGAUGGCCGCCUUGUAGUCAUUUUAGCAGAAUUAUACGUUAUAAUGCUAGCUAAUUGGAAAGAUGAUUGCUUUGACAACAGAAAGACAAGUGCCAAACAGAUUGACAGCUUACUUUCGAGUGGGGCAGCGGUUUAUGAGCACUUGCAUCUCAGAGCAGUCCGAGCUAUCCUAUCUAUAGGAACUGUUGCGAUAAGCAGCUUGGAUUACGAAAUCAAAGCGAACAGCACUUUGGCUCAAAGCAUUAUUCGCUCAGUGACGAAUAUAAACAGUUUGGAGCUCCAAAAGCUCUUUGAUGACAUCAAAGACGAGAACAAAGUCGAAGAAGAGAACGAAAUCCCGCCCAUCGUGAUUGCUCUGGCCAUGCUCGAACAGUGCCUUGAACUAUACGAUGACGUAUUCUCGGGACUAUCCCAGUGGUUCCAAUCGACGAAGUUCGUCAACAAAUUAUUGUGUUGCCUCCAAAUCAGUCUUCAAAAUAAGCGUCACCAACACACAUCUUUAGCUGCCUUACGAUGUUUGACAGCGUACGCGAGGGGACCCUUCUCAAAAGACUUGCUACUGAGCGAUGUCGAUCAGUUCCUGUGGCUGCAAUUGCUUCCUCCCAAAAUGGAGACGAACUCUAGUGGGAAAACUUGGACGCCACAAGAAUGGUGGAAAGUUUAUGGGUACAGUUUGGAUUUUAUAGCCACGAUGGUUAUGAAGCACGGUCAGUUUUUCGUUGGAGAUGCGAUAACUUUUGUUGGAGUGCAUUUGGAGCAUAUUGUGGAAGCUAUAUUGCUUCCGCGACAGAUGUACAGUGUGGCAGCGUUGAAUCUAUGUGCAUCGACGUUAAGUUUGAUCGUUCAGCUGGUGAAAUUUGAGGCAAGAUGGCGGAUUUUGAAUAUUAACUCGCUCAUCUGUAUUAUGCGUAGUAUAAGUGCGUGCGUGUAUCAGUGCGUGAUGUUAAUGUUGCGCGCGCGUCGUCCGUCAGACGCCGGCCUGCAUUCUGAUGACGUCACACAGCCUUCACCUACCGCCUUGCAUAGGGUGAUUGAAAUCCUACACAUGGCAACACUGUGCCUGCUGUCAUUUAGUCCGGAUUUGUUAUCUCUACUCGCCGAGCCAGCUUUAGAUUUAGAGCGCUGGCAACCCCUAGUAGAGUUGCACUUUGGAGCUCCCAAAAUCACAUACGAACAUUUUCCUCAAUUGACAUUUGGAACAAUUCUGUCAGCUAUUUGCUUGCUCACUCGCUCUUUGAAUCACACAUAUCACGCAGAAGAAGUAAGCGGCUCGCGAUCCCCUCGCGGGUCUGCGAGCGGGGGACGUCGCAGGGCGUGUUCGUGUUCGCACAAUUCCCCCGGCGAUCGACGACUCAAUCGCAGCGAGUCAGUUGCGAGUGUGUCUUCUGCAGCGAGCGCUUUGCCUCCCACCGAUGAGAGGUUGUUGGUUGGAGCGCUACACGCUACGCUUACGCUGUUAGCUUCACAGGCUCUCCUAGCUGUCCGAGAUCCAAGUGUUCCAAGCCGUCAUAAACAACUCGUCAGACGAGAAUUAGCAUCCGAGCUAACGGUGUAUCACGAUUUCGUGCGAAAACGAAUUUUGUGCGCCGCGCACGCGCGUCCGCAUCUACUGCGGAACAAACUUGGCGCCUGGCCCCUUGGAGCUCAUGAAGAGGAAACCAAAAGAAUCGAAGACGCAAGAAACGAAAGGAACCCGUCUCCGGAAGACGAGAGAUCUUUACCGCCACCACCUCCACCUAAGCGCGCCUCGCAAGACUCCAUGCGAGAAUUCAUCUUACGCAAACAUUUUUUGGACAAAUGCGCUCAAACUCCCACUAAGGAACCACCGACCCCGGUGUCGCACUCAACGCCAGCUCCGGAUAAGAAAAGAGAAAGUUCUAGAAGCCUAAAACGUGUCUCUUGGGCCGAAACUACGAGAGAUAGCGAUGAAAUCCUCGAUACGUCGCUACAAGAAAUCGAAACUCCAUACUCUAAUCUAACUGAAGUGCAGAUCAACAACGACGAAGAUUAUUUCCAUUUUAUGUCUGUAGUUUUUCUUUAUGUUUGCCAAACUGAAUUAUAA